UAAUAUUCUACCACGCGAACGCUGCCGCGAAGCCCGAGUGGCCGACCUUUCUUUUACAACAUGGGAUCGCUUGGGGACUGAGAGGACAUGCUAAACCUGGGAUCGCUGUAUGCAAGGAGGAGGAAAGUUUACAAAUAAUUCGACUGUGAAGGAAAGACGGCAACUUGGAGUCGCUUUGCUGUUUAUUCUGUGAGCAGCCACUUCCCAUUAAAGCGUUUGAACUACAUGGGACCGCGUCCGCGUGAUACCAGUCUGGGGCGACGGGCUUCGCGACCGCUCUAACUCAGCUGGCGUCACCGGGUAGCAGUUUGGAGGAAGGUUGACUUCUGUUCUUUCCUCAUUCGAACUACAAGAAGCCUUGCCUUGCCUUGCCUGAGACCAGCAAAGUCACACGGCUCAGAGAUCGUACCCAGUGCAUUCCUCAGUCACAUGGUUCAGUUACUCAUCAGGUGACCUUCCUGCAAUCAAAUCACCAGGUUUUCACAGCAAGUAGCUUGCACUGUCACAUCUGAAGCCUGAGGACGGAAGACACAGUGUGUGUGUGUGUGUGUGUGUGUGUGCAUGCGCAUAUGUUUAUGAGUGAGUGUGUGUGUGAAAGUGCUUGAAGUGAUGAAAAUGGACAUGGAAGAUGUGGAUAUGACCCAGUGGACCGAGGCUGAGUUUGAGGAGAACUGCACGUACAUUGUAAACGACCAGACGUGGGACCCCACUGCCGACGACUGUCUGACCCAUGCCCAAGCCACCCUGCCACGGAACCUGAAGUUCAAGUUCGCACAUGGCGGUAGUGAGGUGAUCGGAGUUUUGAGUGCAGAAUACAUCCCAAAAGGGACACGAUUUGGGCCACUUGUGGGCGAAAUCUAUACCAGUGAAACAGUCCCGAAGAAUGCAAACAGAAAAUACUUCUGGAGGGUGUACUCAAACGGUGACCUGCAUCACUUUGUCGACGGCUUCGACGAGAGCAAAAGUAACUGGAUGCGAUAUGUGAAUCCGACGCGCUCAAAGCAAGAGCAGUGCCUAGCGGCCUGUCAGAACGGCAUGGACAUCUACUUUUACACAGUGAAGCCCAUCCUUGCUAACGAGGAGCUGCUGGUGUGGUACAGCAGCGAGUUUGCGGAGAGACUUCACUACCCAGGCUCCGAUGAUCUGAUGAUGAUUAAGCUAAAGUGCAUCAACCUACCUAAGAUCGAGGAACUGCAGGGAAAAUGGCAGCCCGGCCCAGGAGACCGACACAACAAACAAAGAUAUGUAACUGAAGAGAAUGGUAUUACAAAGCCAGGCAACGGGACACACAGAAUCCUCGAUAGUGAGGAAAAUGCUGUGAAGGAGAAUCACAGGGUAACGACAGCCCAACCAUUGGUCGCUCCAGGAAAAGAAAUGGAGGACAUCAGCAAAAAGCACAGUCUGGAACGAACCUUCUUGCCUCGUGUCCUGUACCCCGUAAGGCCUCACGUUCCGGAAGAAUACGUGAAGCCCACUUCAGUCUACGGGAUUGAGACGCAAAGUUACGUCAAGCACUCUCCCCUGCAGUCUUCCGUCAUCUCCAGUCCCUCAUCUCGAAGCAGCCCAGACCAGAGUUUCAAGAGCUUAACACCACACAGCAGUCCAGAAUCUCACAUCUCCCCCUUAAUCCCCUCAACAGAGGAACACAAGCAAGCUUUUCCAUACCUGACUGGGCCGUACAACCGGGAAGGGUUGGGCUCUCUCCCGGCCUACCCCCCUCCUGGACACCUGCCUUUCAUCCACCCCUACAACCCCGUUAAUAGCCAGUACUCCCGACUCAUGUUACCUCAUUACCAAGUCGGUUGCAACGGGCUGAAUACCUUCGCAGGCCUGGGGGGCAUAAACGGCAUGAGCAACUUCAGCCUCUUACCCAGAGUGUACCCGUUGUACGGCAGCCUCCUGGGGAACGGUGGCCUCUCCCAGCACCUCUUUGGCCCGUCGGUUCUGCCCGGCCCGCUGCCACCCGAAGCAGGCCAGAGGCUGCUGCUCCCGGAGCGGCCGAAGGACUUCCUGAUCCCCGCGCGGAACAGCGCCUUCUCCAUCGCGGGCCCCGCUGCCAGCCUGAAAGAUCGUCCAGGCAGCCCCGGCAGCAGCUCCCCGACCGCAGGAACAGCUGCAUUGCACUCGGAACAUCUACUGCAACCCAAACCUACCUCAGCUGGCCUGGUCAGCAGCAGCAGCAGCAGCGAAGAAGCCAUGAAUCUCAUCAAACCAAAGCGCAACCUCACCGGUUACAAAACACUUCCUUACCCUCUAAAGAAGCAGAAUGGGAAGAUAAAGUACGAGUGUAAUGUCUGCUACAAGACCUUUGGACAGCUAUCGAACCUUAAGGUCCACCUGAGAGUACACAGUGGGGAACGGCCUUUUAAGUGUCAAACCUGCAAUAAAGGCUUCACCCAGCUCGCACACCUUCAGAAGCACUAUUUGGUUCACACUGGGGAGAAGCCACAUGAAUGUCAGGUUUGCCACAAACGAUUCAGCAGCACGAGCAACCUGAAGACUCACCUCCGCCUGCACUCGGGCGAGAAACCUUACCAGUGCAAGCUGUGCCCGGCCAAGUUCACCCAGUUCGUGCACCUGAAGCUGCACAAGCGCCUGCACACCAGGGAGCGCCCCCACAAGUGCUUCCAGUGCCACAAGACCUACAUCCACCACUGCAGCCUGAAGGCUCACCUGAAAGGAAACUGCCCCGUCGCCCCGGGCGCCGGCCGGUCCCUGGAGGACCUGCAUCGCUUCAACGAGGAGAUCAACAAGUUCGACAUCAGUGACAGCGCCGACAAACUGGACGACAUGGGGCACGGCGAGGAGCUGGAGUCCAUCGUCGAGAAACAGAUCUUCAGCAGGCUCAGGAGGGAGGUGGAAGAGGCCGGUUUAAAGAACACGUUUGAAAGGAGCCUGGGCAGCGACCUCCUCUCCUCCGGGUGUAACACGUACGAGAAACUGGACCUACCAGUCCUGAAAAUGGCUCACGGUAGCCCACUACCUCGUGUGCCCAUCAAAGUCAAGCAAGAAACCAUUGAACCCAUUGAUCCUUGAGAUCAGACAGAUGUGACACUUUUUACAAUUUGGGGAGCAAAGCUGCCUGGACCACCCAAAUGUAGAUAGACCUCUGCAACGCUGCAGGACAGACUGACUGACUCUUUUGAGAGCUGCCCCCAUGUGGCAGGGCAUCUCAACAUACAUCUCAGGGCAUCUUUAGUAAAAUAUUAGACUAUAGCAAGCCUCCCAGCAAAGCUUAAAGACAAUCAUUUUAAGCAGAAUUAUUUUUGCAAAAGUAGUCAAUAAUUUAUUAUGCAAUUGACUUUGUUAAGCAAUACCUGAAAAUGAUGUUUACAAUGACCCAGGUUAAUCAUUGUAAUCAAAUAUGGAAAUGCUUUAUUUUUAUUUUCUCUGAUGCCAUUCUUUGUAGAUACUUUAAGCUGUGUUUUGAAUUUAAGGAGAAAAUUAAUGGGAUCUUAAUAGGAAAGCAAUUUAAACAUUUAAAUUGGAAUAUCUGAAAAUAGUUUUGUAAAAUACUGUUGCAAUAUAGUGUAUUGCCAAAGCAGGAAGUUUUUAAGAAAAAUUGUUUAAUCAUCAUUACCUUUUUUUUCUCAUUUCCCAUCAUGUCUUUUCACUCCCUUCUUUAGUUCUUUCUCCUUUCUCUCCUCUUCCCUUUGCCAUUUAUCCCCACACAAUUCUCUCUCUCUCCCUCUCUCCCUCCCUCUCUCCCUCCCUCUCUCCCUCCCUCUCUCCCUCCCUCUCUCCCUCCCUCUCUCCCUCCCUCUCUCCCUCCCUCUCCCUCCCUCUCUCUCUCCCUCCCUC